AUGCUCUUCUUCAGCUUCUUCAAGACGCUCAUCGACCACGAGGUCACCGUCGAGCUCAAAAAUGACAUCCAGCUCAAGGGCAAGCUAAAAAGCGUGGACCAGUACCUCAACAUCAAGCUGGACGACAUUCAAGUCGUCGAAGAGCUAAAAUACCCUCAUCUGAGCUCUGUCAAGAACGUCUUCAUUCGUGGAUCUGUCGUUCGAUAUGUCCACCUUCCAGCCGCUUCAGUCGACACCCAGUUGCUGGAGGAUGCUACACGGAGAGGCAAGUAUUCUUUAAAUCGGUAG